GCUGUGGAUGCUGAGUAGCCCAGCACCAAGAGCAACAGACUCUCCACUGUCCCCACGCCCCCUCCUCUGCUCUGCAGAUCUGCUGGAACUGUACCUGGCUGGAACCAGCAGUCAUGCCGGACACACCUGUGGAGGACUCCCUCUUCCAAAUCAUACACUGCUUCCACCACUAUGCUGCCCGGGAAGGGGACGUGGAGACCUUGUCCCUGGAGGAGCUGAAAGCCCUGCUCCUGGAUAGCGUGCCUCGCUUCAUGGACACCUUGGGCCGCAGGCAACCAUACUACAUCACGGAGCUGUUCCGGGCGGCUGACAAAAACAAGGACAACCAGAUCUGCUUUGAUGAGUUCCUGUACAUCUUGGGCAAACUGGUGAAGGACUACCAUCUGCAGUUCCACCGGCAGCUGUGCACACACUACUGUGCCCAGCACAGCCUCUACUAGGGAGGCCAGACAGGCUUUCACCACUGAAGUCUGUUCUGGGAGGCAUGGCCUGAUUACAAACAGCUUACAAAAUUCAGCUAUGUAUGUCUUCUUUGUGUGCGCACAUGUAUACAAAUAGUACCACAAAUAUUUCUGGGACGUACCCAGGGCAUGGUUCUGGGUAUCCAUGAAUGUUCGGUAAAAGAAGUUUAGUCUUUACUGUGUGGAAUGUCAUUUGGGGGUGGAAGACAUGGCGCCUGCCUUAGGUAAUCCCUUGCUUGAGUGGGGAAUCCUGGCCAAGAA